AUGAUAUCGGUUUAUCUCUCUUCUGUUAUCGCUUCACGAUUUUAUUCAUCACUUGAGUUGGAUCAGUUGUUAGAAGAAAGUUGUGAGAAGAAAAAUGCCGAUGUCAAGUGGAAAUUAUUUAAGCAGAGAUCCACCUGAUAUUGAAAACAUUUUGGCCUUAAAUCCAAGAGUUUACACUAAUGCCACCGUCAUACCAAGUGCCCAAACGAAAGUGCAUAAGAGACAGUGGAAAAGAAAUCAAGAUAAAAAGUGUGGGAGCUGCCGACCCUUGAAAAAGGAUUUUGAUGAUAUCAAGCAUACAACUUUGAGUGAGAGAGCUGCAUUAAGAGAAGCAGCAAGAUGCCUAAAGUGUGCCGAUGCUCCAUGUCAAAAAGGUUGUCCAACGCAGAUAGAUAUCAAAGCUUUCAUCAGCUGUAUUUCUACAAAAAAUUACUAUGGGGCAGCAAAGAUGAUUCUCUCGGACAAUCCAGCAGGUCUCUCUUGUGGCAUGGUGUGUCCAACAAGUGAUCUUUGUGUAGGAGGCUGCAAUUUGUACGCUACUGAAGAAGGACCCAUAAAUAUUGGAGGGCUUCAACAGUUUGCUGUCGAAACAUUCAAAAAAAUGAAGUUGCCUCAAGUGAGAAAUCCGAAUCUCUUUGCCGGUGUUGCAAUUCCGGAAAGCUACAGCUCAAAAAUUGCCAUCAUUGGGUGUGGUCCAGCAGGCAUAAGCUGUGCAACAUUCUUGGGAAGACUUGGCUAUACCAAUAUAACAGUUUUCGAAAGAGAAAAAUAUGUUGGUGGCCUAAGUUCAUCUGAAAUACCUCAAUACCGACUACCAUUCGAUGUUGUGGCAUUUGAAGUAGACAUGAUGAAAGAUUUAGGAGUCAAGGUUGAAUAUAAUAAAAGCUUGGGAAGGGAUUUUAAUCUCUUAUCACUCAAACAAGAUGGAUACGCUGCAGCUUUCAUUGGAAUCGGUCUACCUGAACCUAAAAUUGCUCCUGUGUUCCAACACUUAAAACAAGAGAAUGGAUUUUUGACCUCAAAAGAAUUUUUACCACUAGUUUCCAAAGCAAGCAAAGCAGGAAUGUGUCAGUGCAGUCAGCGUCUACCGGAACUCUAUGGCAAUGUGAUUGUUCUGGGAGCUGGAGACACUGCAUUCGACUGUGCAACGUCUGCCAUCCGAUGUGGAGCCAGGAAGGUCUUCGUCGUCUUCAGAAGAGGAUUCACAAACAUUCGAGCCGUUCCUGAGGAGGUUGAGUUAGCCAAGGAAGAAAAAUGUGAGUUCAUGCCUUUCCUGUCUCCUAAAAAAGUUUCUUUAGACAACGGGCGAAUCGUGAGUAUUGAGUUCUCUCGCACAGAAGAAGAUGAAAAGGGCAAUUGGACUGUCGACGACAACCAGAAAGUCAUCUUGAAAGCAAAUUUUGUCAUUUCCGCUUUUGGAUCCACUCUAAGUGAUAAAGCAGUGAUUGAAGCUUUGGAUCCUCUUGAGCUGACGAGUGAUGGCCUGCCCAAAGUGAAUCUCCAGACGAUGCAGACGUCCGAGCCGUGGGUAUUUUGCGGUGGGGACCUGGCUGGGAUCGCAGAGACCACUGUCGAAGCUACAAACGACGGGAAAACAGCGGCGUGGUAUAUGCACAGUUUCAUUCAGUCUCAACACGAAAUUAAAGUGUCACCAACUCCUUCUCUACCUCCGUUCAUGUCUCCCGUUGACCUCGUUGACCUCAGCGUUGAGAUAUGUGGACUAAAGUUAGAGAAUCCCUUUGGGCUCGCAAGUGCACCUCCCACCACGAGCAGCCCGAUGAUCAGACGUGCCUUUGAAGCCGGGUGGGCAUUUGCACUCACCAAGACAUUUUCCCUUGAAAAGGACAUUGUGACCAACGUGUCUCCAAGAAUCAUUCGAGGAACUACAUCAGGACAUACUUAUGGUCCAGGACAAGGGUCGUUCUUAAACAUAGAGCUCAUUAGUGAGAAAACCACUUCCUAUUGGCUUCGGAGUAUCACUGAACUGAAAAAAGACUUCCCAGGGAAGAUCGUUAUAGCCAGCAUAAUGUGUUCCUAUAAUGAAAACGAUUGGAUUCAUCUUGCAAAACUAGCAGAGGCUUCUGGCGCAGAUGCCCUCGAAUUAAAUUUAUCGUGUCCACAUGGAAUGGGCGAGAGAGGAAUGGGAUUGGCUUGUGGCCAGGAUCCAAAGCUAGUGGAAGGAAUUUGCAAGUGGGUGAGAAGUACUGUUAAAAUUCCAUUCUUUGCCAAGUUGACUCCAAACGUGACUGAUAUAGUUGCAAUUGCUACUGCUGCGUACAAAGGUGGCGCUGACGGUGUGACGGUGACCAACACUGUUUCGGGCCUCAUGGGACUUAAAAGUGACGCAACACCCUGGCCUGCCAUAGGAAAAGCCAGGAGGACGACUUAUGGUGGGGUUUCCGGAAACGCCAUACGACCCAUCGCAUUGCGGGCCGUUUCGGCCAUCGCCAGAGCUCUUCCAGGGUUCCCAAUUCUAGCUACGGGUGGUAUCGAUUCUGCUGAAGCAGGGUUACAGUUUCUGCAGGCGGGUGCAACUGUACUACAGGUUUGCAGUGCAGUCCAAAACCAGGAUUUCACAGUAAUUGAUGACUACGUGACCGGACUCAAAAUGUUGCUCUACAUCCAAAGCUUACCGGAUCUGGAUGAAUGGAAUGGACAGAGUCCUCCAACUCCCAGGCAUCAAAAAGGAAAACCAGUGGCAGUAUUGGAGCACAUCGUUAAUAUGAAGCUUCCAAACUUCGGAGCAUUCUUGGCACAAAAACAAGCAAUAAUUUCUGAAAUUAAACUUCAUGAAGACUUAUUAGAAGAAAAAUAUAAUCCUAAACCAAACAGACCACCAAAUACACCAACAAGAUCAAUACCAAAAAUUAAGGAUAUUAUUGGUACUGCUUUAGACAAGAUUGGAACAUUUGCAAAUCUAGACAUCACUGAACAAGUAGUGGCAGUCAUAGAUGAAGAAAUGUGCAUCAACUGUGGAAAAUGCUACAUGGCCUGCAAUGACUCGGGAUAUCAAGCCAUCCGAUUUGAUCCAGUUACUCAUCUUCCACAAGUGAUGACUGAUCAAUGCACUGGAUGUACCCUCUGCCUGUCUGUCUGUCCUAUUAUAGAUUGUAUACGUAUGAUAGCUCGAGAGACACCCUAUGAACCAAAGCGAGGAGUGCCCGUAGAUUUAUCGAUUUCUCGUACUUUGAACGCGGAACCUUUGCCAGCACAAUAACUGCGAUGUAUGUUGAAGGUUAUUAGAUAGCCUAAAAAUUUUUGACUUUUAUAUUAUUUAUCGUAUCUGAAUGUGUAUGCAAAACUGAAUCAUAAAUUAAUAAAUAAAUUAAAGAA